AUGUCUCCGCAUCUGGACUCUGCGCGCCCGUGCAGUGCGGUAUGGGAAGAGGGUGCGUCCGUGGGCACGAGUGCGGCCGGCAAGCACAGGCGAUUUGCCCAUGCCAUCAGCACCUCCAAAGACGUGACUACGCCUCGCAGGCGCCCGUGCACCCGUCCUACGAUGCCUCGAGGGAGGGAUGUGAUCGCAGGCGUAACUGAGCGCGAGCCGAGUCCAAGUCCCAGCAGGUGGCCAGCUGUCCCAUCCGAGCCCGCAAUCCCGUCCAGCCCUCCGCUCCUGAAACCUUCGAUCGCCCUGCCUUAUAAACCUCCCACCCGCGCUCAAACAUGUGCUCCCCCGCGUCUCCCCCCCAGCCUUGCCCAGGUGCCCCCGCCCUGA